UCGUGUAUGCCUACACAUACUUCUAUAUGUUCCGGGUAUGGCGAGGAUCACUAUUUCCUAUGUCACACAUGUACGGGGCGAUUUAACACAGGGACUGUGACCGUACUUGUUUACUUUUGCUGAUAAUCAUUCGAAAUCGUGAUUCGAAACCUGUGGAAGAAGUACUUCCAGGUGUGAGUGACCAUCAUUCACUUGUAGUGCACAUCUAGCUGUCUGCCUGGCUCCAUUGUCGACAUCAUGUCAACUGCCCGCUGCGUAUCUUGGCUGGUACUCGGCAUUCUUCUCGUCUGCCUGGUACCCGCUUGUUACUCCCAGAACGAGGAAGUUCUGCGUAAAAUCCAACGGCCCUAUCCGAAAAGCUUCAACUGGAAAGAUGUAUCUGGUUCAAUCAUGACGCAUGGACCCAAUGCUUCAGUCAUCGACGGCAAGUACUACCGCACGCUGGAAUUGAUCAAUGAUCAACUCUUCGUGGGGGGUAAAGCUCAACUGUUUUCCGUCAACCCUGCAAACCUAGAAAUGCUUAAUAACGUAUCCAUUCCGACCAAUGGAGGCUAUUCGUGCCAUGAUCAUUGUGAUAACUACAUUCGCGUGAUUCAACCUCUCCCUAACGGUGCAUUGUUGGAGUGCGGCACGAACAAUAGAAACCCCUACUGUCAACAGAGAUCCAUUGGAGACCUGUUUGUUGGAACCAACCUGGAAUUUUCGGCUGGGUCGUUGUACAGACCAGCUAUCGUCAAAUCGGUGCUGCAGAAUGACUCCUCCCAGAAUGUAGUUGGUGUUGAGGUGCAACUAAGGACUAAAGAUGAUGAAAGUGUAUUGUCGACGCAUGGGGAACGGCCGCAUCCACAGUUCGUAGGAGAUCCCAUCAGCUACAAUGGACGAGUCUAUUUCUUUUUCCGCGAGAUUGCAGUGGAGUUUAUCUCUGAGAGUCUCGUGUUUUCGAGAGUUGCCGUAGUGUGUCAGAAUGAUACAGGGGGUGGUCCAUUCAGCGAAUUAAACGAGCACAACAUAGUCACCUUUGUGAAAGCCCGACUAACCUGCUCUAUCGACGGAGCCAUUCCCUACCAUUACAACGAAAUACAGGACAUUUACCAGUCAACUGAUGAUACCAACGUAGUUUUUGCAAUUUUUGCCACGCGAGCACCUGUCGUGGCAAGUUCUGCAGUUUGCGCCUACCGUUUGGAUGAGAUUGAGGCACUGUUUCUGAACACCGAGAAUAAGUUUACGUUUCAGGAGAAUGAUGGCGAGAUUUGGAAGGACGUAGUCACGGACCCCAUCACUCCAAGACUAGUAACGUGUCAAAACACUGACAGUGUUGAUUUCAUUCGGGCGAGAGAUAUAUUGGAACGAGGUCAAAUAAUGUCGGUGUCGGCUGAGAACAAGCUGCACUACGAGACGCCAGGGGGCGCUCAAAGCAACCCUCUGUUGGUGAUAGACGGGGAACGUUUCUCACAGAUCGUCGUUGAUGAAAACGUCGUCAAUUCCAUAGAUGUCAUGUUCAUCGGAACGGAGAAUGGGACUGUACUGAAGGCGUAUUUGAACGCGAACCGAUCCGUAGCGAAAGUCGUGGAGGAGAUUAGCCUGAAUACAGACGGUCGCAAAACCCCGGUGUUGACUAUGCUGCUGAGUGACUCCGAUCAAGCCGUUUUUGUCGGCACCGACAUUGGCGUCUACAAGGUACCAUUCCAACACUGCCAGGAUUUCGCCUCGCGUGUUGACUGUUUAGUCAUUGAAGAUCCGUACUGCAGUUGGAACGGUAGUUCGUGUGUCAACUCCGACGAGGGGGAGCAGGACUUGGAGACAGGAGCUGACAACACCGUUGCUCCAAGCAUCACAGUACACCGGGCUCCCAAAAGUCAAAAAAGGUACCUGAACAUCAACGACAGGCCGAUCAACCUGUAUCUUUUCGCCGAGACUCCUACGGGUCAAAACCUUCGCGUGGUCAACAACGAAGUCCCGUGCCCACCGUGCGCCAGCCUGCCGUAUGCCGAGUAUCGAGCCGCCAGCGCCGGCAAAGAGUUCCUGUCGUUGGUCAUCAACGGAUCGAAUUCCAUGGAGACUAUGAACUGCUCCUGUACAGUCGCCCUGGCCGUAGACGGAGGCUACACCGAGUCGUUCAAUUUCACUCUCACUACGGAUGACUCAAAUGAAGCCCAGGUAAACGAACUGGAAGAUUCCGACGAGAUAAGACGAUAUCAAAGCAAACUGCAAGACUGGAAAAACAAAGUGGGUGAGUCGUGUGGACUAGAUGACGUACAAUCGUGCCAAGCACGACCGUAACCAUGCCACACUGAGUUACGUCACAGCGUUCCCGUUGACUGAUUGGAUUUGCCCCAAUCACGUGACACGGAAGCUCUUUUUUAAGUCUCUCGAAGAAUUGCACUGCUCUAAAACGAUAUGUUUGAAUUUGUGUGGCCGUGGUUAACAUCGGCAUUUAUUUUGUCUUUUGUAAAUAUGUUUUUGUUUUCUAAAUAAAUGUUGCUACUUCAUGCCUUUUAAAGGUCCUUACACUGAACAAUUGCCUGGGUUAAUUUUCCAAAG